CCAGAAGCCAUGAAGCACUAUUCCACGACAGCUGCUUCCUCUAAAAAUCCCGUCAAGUUCAGGAUUCCAACUGCUGAAAAUCUGGUUCCAAUUCGUCUGGAUAUCGAGAUCGAUGGUCAGAGGUUUAGGGACGCGUUUACCUGGAACCCUUCUGGACUCAACCCCUUGAACAGCGGCGAAGACUGGGAGAGAAAAAUGAGGUAG